AUGCCCGCCCCACCCAACACGCCAGACGCCACCACCUUAUCCUCUUGCCCCGGCCUUACGGCCUCGCACGACGCGCACUUCAACACUGCCUUGGCGUUUGACACCAAGCACGCGGCGCACUUCCAACCACCUGCUUGGCUCAUUAGCAGAGACGCAAACCCGGCGUCCUUCGGUGCACGUCCGACGGCGUCGGGGCUGCUCUCGUCCCCUUCCCCCCACUCGUCGUGCGAUGAUUCCUCCUCGCCGAACAGCCAGUCCAUGUACCACGCCAAGAACGCCUGCCUCUCCAACCGGCCGGCCGUGCAGAUCGCCAACAGUUUCGGCUUGUGGUCCUCCACGGCGUGGUGCCGACCGCUUCCAUCAGCGCCUCGAAGUGGCUCUCUUCCACCCACCCCUUGGCGGCGCUGUCGACCUUCGUGAAAGCCUUCUCGGCCUUGGCCUCCUCCUCCCUGCGCUCC